AUGGCAGAAACUUUUGGAGUGAGGAGGAUGAAACUUGGACGCCAAGGCCUUGAAGUAUCAGCGCAAGGUCUUGGUUGCAUGAGCCUCUCCUCCUUCUACGGUCCUCCAAAGCCGGAAUCUGAAGCCAUCGCUCUUCUUCAUCAUGCUAUUAACUCCGGCGUUACUUUCCUCGACACCUCCGACUUCUAUGGUCCUGAGACAAACGAAUUGCUCCUCGGCAAGGCUUUGAAAAAUGGGUUUAGGGAGAAAGUGGAGUUAGCUACGAAAUUUGGGAUCACACUCUCUAAAGAUGGAAAGUUUGGUAUCAGGGGAGAUCCUGAGCAUGUGAGGUCUGCUUGUGAAGCGAGCUUGAAGAGACUUGGUGUUACCUCCAUUGAUCUUUAUUACCAGCAUUGUGUUGAUACCACUGUCCCCAUCGAAGUCACUAUGGGAGAGCUCAAGAAGCUAGUAGAAGAAGGUAAGAUAAAGUACAUUGGUUUGUCUGAAGCCUCUGCCUCAACUAUUAGAAGAGCGCAUGCUGUUCACCCGAUAACCGCAGUGCAGCUAGAGUGGUCUUUGUGGACGAGAGACGUGGAAAAAGAAAUCAUUCCUACAUGCAGAGAGCUUGGGAUUGGAAUUGUAGCUUAUAGCCCUCUAGGAAGAGGCUUCUUUGCAUCAGGACCCAAGAUUGUUGAGACUCUGGACCAAAAUGACUACAGAAAGACUCUACCAAGAUUCCAACAAGAAAACUUAGACCACAACAAGAUUCUCUAUGAGAAUAUUUGUGCAAUAUCAGAGAAGAAAGGGUGCACUCCUGCACAACUAGCUCUGGCAUGGGUUCAUCACCAAGGAGAUGAUGUUUGCCCCAUCCCGGGAACCACCAAGAUUGAAAACCUCAACCAGAACAUUGGAGCUUUAUCGGUGAAACUCACUCCUGAAGAGAUGUCUGAGCUCGAGGCCAUUGCUCAACCAGAGUCUGUGAAAGGAGGAAGAUACACUGCCAUGGUGCCCACUUUCAAGGACGCUAACACUCCACCAUUGUCUUCUUGGAAAACCAUGUGA